CUGGUGGUGGUUCUUUCUCUCACCUCUUUCCUCCCAGAUCAUAUCCAGCAAGUCUAUGUGAGCUUUCCAGAUGGAAGGAAUGACACAAAGAAAGAAAUAAAGCCAAGAACUAAAUCAUUAUUCUGGAGAGACCUGGCAUAUUUCCCAUUACAAGUGGUUACAGAAAUAUAGAGGAAGGAGUUCAUAAUUUUACAGUAACAUACAUACAGAUCCACCAAAGGCAAUACCAUCUCUGGCUACUGCUGCUGGCUCAAAAUGCUGUUUACUCUAGGACUUCUCCUCCUUCUCACCCCAUUUCCCUCCUUUCAAUCCACGACCAAUGAGAAGAGAAACUCGACAGGAAGCGACGUAACCAAACCCAAUGCCGUUUUCACCCUGUCAAAACCGAAAAACACUGCUGCUGUCGCCAAACAGACCGUUCGCCCAACCCUAAAGCCAAACACAGUCAAUCAGACGGUUUUACCCACUCCGGCAACCACCAAAAGCAAGCCCAGUCCAGCAGUAAUUCAAACCACUCCGUCAGCAGCAGUAAAGGCUACUCCAGUGAGUGGCACCAUCACCAACAAAGACAAGCACACAGUCUCAGUCAAUCAUACUGUUGUAGCUAAAUCUCCCUCAGCCAGUGAAGUGAAGGCUACCAAAGACAAGCAUUCUCACGCUUCAGCCAGUGGUGCUAAAACCACCAAAGACAAACUCCAACCGUCAGUCAAUCAGACUGUUUCAAUGAAAUCUACUUCAACCAGUGAUGGAAAGACCGCCAAAGACAAGCCUGCCCCCACUGUAGUUCAAAAUGUUCAGCCAACAUUCCCAAAGUCUGCUCCUGCCAGUGGCCCUAAAAUCACCAAAAACAAGCCCACAGUCUCCGUCAAUCAGACUGUUGUAGCUAAAUCUCCCUCCGCCAGAGAUGUGAAGAACUCUAAAGAAAAGCCUGCCCCUGUGCAACCAGUCAAGGUGGUCAUCAGUGAUGGAUGUGACUCAAGCAACACCAAGGAGCAGGAGCUGAAGCUGAAGCCUGGUGCUCCUCUGGUGAUGACGCAUAAGAUCAGCUUGUUGCCUGGUGGCUGCACCGGGGGAUGUGAGGCUGAGAUGGCUACGCUGAAAGGACGUGUGGCCCGACUGGAAAGAGAGAUGUCCUCCCUAAAAGAGAAAUGCCCAUGUUCUGCAAACUGUCCAAAUGACUGUAGUGGCAAUGGGGAAUGUCAGAAGGGGAAAUGUAUCUGCCAACAGGGAUUCAUGGCUCCAGACUGCAGUAAGUGUGCACAAGGAGCUGAGUGUAAUAAAAAAGCUGCCAAAGGAAAGGUCAUGGUAACCGUUGAAACAGUGUCUGUGCAGGUGAACAAAGAUAAGGAAAACAUGCAAGAGAAAACCACCAAAGUAGAGCACACACUCUUCCAGAAAAGGGAGCAGAAGAAGGUGUCUGAAGCCAAAGACGCUGACACUAAACCCAAAGUGGCUACUAAUGCUAAAGCAGGUCUUGUAAAAACACAAUCAAAACAUGAAGCUUCUGUUAAGAAAAUAACUAUUAAAGACUCUUCAAGUGCUACAAAGACCAGUCGCCCAACUGUUGGUCAAGUUCUGUUGAAACAUGAGGGAAGAAAACAAGAAGAGGCCCGUAAAGGCAAAACAACAGUCCUGACCUCUAAAAAUGUCCUUCAAAAAACUGACCUCAAGCUUGUUAAGGAAGGAACUGCCAGUAAAACAUAUCCUAAAUCUGACCAACUAAAAGACGAACCUCAAACCAAUGUAACCCAGAGUAACGUGAAGAAAUCUAAUGGCACAGCUAAAAUUGUGACCAUUCUGUCCAAGGUGGCGGGAAUAAACAAAACCAGAACAGGGAAGGAGACCUUGGAACAGUCCACACUGGCUGAGAAGAAUGUUACUCAAUCAUCUGGAUAUAAACGCACCAAGAAAGUCAAAGUAGACACUACAAUUGUGCAAUCUGUUGACAACAGAAACACUGAAGCUGGCAAGAUUGUAAAAGAGAAAGUUACACAGAGGAGUCAGUAUCUAGUAAAUGCAACCAUUGCAGUAACAUCAGGCGAGGCUCGAGUUCUGCAGAACAAAACAACUAUCCAUGGCUCUGGGAGCGCAAAGAGGAUGGGAGGAUCUGGGUUAGGUUCUGUAAAGGUUGUAAACAUCUCUUCCUACAGCUUCACUGUCACGUGGUCAGCGCCACAAGGGAUGUUCAAGAACUUCACUGUGAUCAGAAGAGAGCCACUGGCAGAGGAUGACGAAGACGACCAUGAGGAGUUUGAAGAGGAAGCUCUUGAAGGUGACAAGGCCUCCACAGCUAAGAACACAACUGAAGUCCAGGUACAGAGUGAGAGCACCAACACAACUGCCGCCUCUGGUAAAGCUGUUGAAUCUAGAGGUAAAGCUGAAACCAAGAGGAUCUCUAUGGUGGUCCCUGGCAGCGUACGCUCUGUGGAGUUCAGCAACCUUCGGGCAAACACAGGCUAUGUCCUGCACAUAUAUGGUACUGCAGCUGAGAGAAGAUCAAAGAUUCACAGAGUAACUGCAAUUACAGGUCCUGAGCCAGCCACAGAGAUGAUUUUCAGCAAUGUAACAGAGUCUUCUCUCACUGUUUCCUGGUCCAAACCAAAGACCACAUUCGCAGGCUGCCGGGUCACAUACACCAACAUUGUCACAGGGGAGAGUCGCUUUGUGACCGUGGACUCUCAGCAAUCUCAUGUGGUUCUGUCCAAGUUGUCUGCUGGAUCCUCCUACAUUAUCACUGUAACUACUACACAAGGCAGAGCCCAGAGUGAUGCCCUCACAUCCAUUAUCACCACAGUGCCCGCCCCUCCAACACACCUGCAAGUUGUCAAUGUGACAGAUACGAGAGCUGUGCUGCAAUGGACACCCAGUCUGGGGAAAGUAGACCGCUUCAUCAUCAGCUAUGAGUCCUCCAAGACUCCUAAUGUGACAGUGACAGUGAUGCUGUCUGGAAACUCAGUGGAGCAUCAGCUGAGAGGCCUGCAGAGAGGCACCCUGUACACAGUCAAAGUCCUGAGCCAGAAGGACAGUCUCCAGAGUAUGGCCAUUUCAACUACAUUUACUACCGCUAACGUGGUUAAAGCCAGUGAGGUGGGUGCUCGCUCCGCAGUGAUAGCAUGGAGAACCACUGUUGUUUAUCACAGCUACAGACUGAUCUACCAGGUGGCAGGAGAGGAGACAAAGGAGGUGAUCCUGGACCCAUCCAUCACAGAGUAUAAGCUGACAGGGCUGUUGUCAAUGUCACGCUAUAUUGUGCUGGUACAAGGCGAGAGAGAUGGACACUACACAUCUGUUGUCACCACAGAAUUCAUCACAGACAAACUACGUUUCCCCUUCCCUACCGAGUGCUCUCAGGAGCUGCUGAAUGGAGCUCUGCAGUCAGGAGAGGUGGAUAUCUACCCACAAGGAAAAGAGGGACGAGCGGUCAGAGUCUACUGUGACAUGGAGACUGAUGGAGGCGGCUGGACAGUGUUCCAGAGGAGGAUGAAUGGAAAGACAGACUUCUACAGAACCUGGAGUGAAUACAGCUCUGGCUUUGGAAACCUCAGCGAAGAGUUCUGGCUCGGAAAUGAGCUUCUUCACAACCUGACCAGUGCCGGCCCUGUGAGUCUGAGAGUGGACAUGCAAUCUGGAAAUGACACCGCUUAUGCUCACUACGCCAACUUCUCCAUUGACUCAGCAGACAGGCACUAUACUCUUACAGUGUCCGGCUACACUGGAACUGCAGGUGACUCUAUGAGGUACCAUAAUGGGCGUCCAUUCUCAACCCGGGACAAGGACCCUGAUUCUCUGGGGAUUCACUGUGCCAGGGCCUACAUGGGAGGCUGGUGGUACAAGAACUGCUACAAGACCAACCUCAAUGGUCUUUAUGGCAUCAGCAGUAAUAAUCAGGGAAUCGUCUGGAUAGACUGGAAAGGUAAAGACUCCUCCAUUCCCUUCACUGAGAUGAAGUUCAGACCGUCCAGGUUCUCUCCUGCAACUCAUGGCUAAGGAUACACCAGAAGCCAGUGGAUCUCACAGUUGCUGCAUGUCACUUUCCAACUGAAAUUGCAUGUACAGUGGUUUUGAUAGCUAUAAUGACAGCUAUCAGUACAUUUCAUUCAAUGUGCAAGAUUUUUUAUCUGAUCUGUUUUUUUUCUGGAAAUAUACCAAAAGAGUGGUAUAGAGUUUAUUGCAACUUUUUGUAUUCUGUUCUGCCUGACCCGUCCAUUUCAACACAGUUUUUGACUUUAAUACCUUCUUGUGCACCACCAUGGUAUGCCACCCCACUACUACUGUAAUUAAUUAUGCACUGUCUCACUCCAUUGGAAUAAAUGUGGCUAACGUGGG